CUGGAUUUAGAUGAAGUGCAGUUUUGUGAGCCUGCGUGGCCAGAUCCCUUUUGUAAAUGAAAGCAUGUUUGAAGGUGCCUUGUUCAGGAACUGGGUGAAUGGCAGGACUGUCGGGUUUAUCAGGACACACAUGCAGUCACAAAGCGUGUGCAAAUGUGCUGAAGUGGGGAAAACAGAUCAAACUCGUGAGAGUGGCGUUUUGUUUAAUUUAAGCUGAACCGUUAACUCAAAUGCUAAUUGCAAGCACAGCUUCUCAAUCGGUAUUACAGGCUAUGUAAUAUGCUCUUUCUGUAUUUAUUCAAUGUCUGAUAAUAAUAAUAAUAAUAAUAAUAAUAAUAAUAAUAAUAAUAAUAAUAAUAGUAAUAAUGAAACAAACAGGUGCCUGUCUGCCUCUCGAAAUUAGAGCGAUUUUAAGAUUCCCCUUCAAUAAGGGGUGAAUUUCGGCUAUUGCAUGAUACCGUGACCUAGAUGUGCUGUCAUCUUUAAAAUAACAUCACACACACGCACACGCAGGCGCACACGCACACGUACACGCACACGCACAGACACAGCCCUCUCAACAACCCAAAUGAGAAUGCCUGCAAAACAAUAUGAGAUGCAAAAAAAGAGAGGUUGUUUUAUAAUUGAGUAAACGCGAGCAUACUGCUGUGUUUGGAAAUUCCCUAGGUUAGUUACGCUGCAGGAUGAGGACGCGCUGUGCAUCCCUCGAGAGCUCGACCAAUAGCUAUACUAAUCACGAAGCAGAGGCAAUCCACCCCGGUCCUGCCUAAACACCCACUUUCUCCAGAAACACCGAUCUGUGCAGAGCGCCUCGGCAAAGGGGGCGAGGAACACACGCGUAUCGACCUGCGCUUGGGGCUCCGCGUUCGCAAUUUGCAUUUCACAGCAUCGUUCCUUUCUAUUGCAGAGGCAGACCGUAGUGAAAUCUGUUGCAAUCAACGUCUUUUUUAUAUAAACUAAACAAAAACGCGCGAGUCUGUCAGAGAAAGCUUGUGUCACAUGGCACGCAUUGCCUCUGCUGCAUCUAUAUCAGAUUUUUUUUAAUCACCAGCGCCGUGAUCAAAUAAAAGGUGUGUGGAUAAGUGCGUGUGUGGGUCCACUUCUUUGUGAGGAGCAGAGAGGAGAGCAGAGAGGAGAUGCAGUCCAGCCUCUAACGCACUGGAUUAUGUACAUGGUUUUGCAUGGAGCUCUUGCGCCUGAGCGACUUUAUUUCCUUUGAAAACACGAGAAAUAUUCUCUCCUAUAUCUGAGAAGAAAAAGAAAAACAGCAUUUGUUUGAUUUAAACAUUUUUCACUGACGUUUAUUUUUUUACCAUCAAAUGCCAGCUGUUUAUUUUUCAAAUUGUUGAUAACAAUUGUUUAAUAUUUUCUUUGUCUUUGUCAUUAUAUUUCUUUCUUUAUUUUUAAAGAAAUUUAAGAAGAAAAAAAACGUCAACGCAUCAGUCAAAAAUGUGUAUCUGGCUUUUUAAGAACUAGCUUGAUUCGGGAAAGUGAUUAAAAAUAAAUAAAUAUAUAUACUUUUUUAUAUAACAGGAAUUAAAAUCGGGUUGAUUUGAAAAAUGGCAAUCAACACAGAUGCUCAGUAUGAACAGACACUUCUGGGUGGAAGCGGCACGACUUUGCCCAGCGACUCCCAUGAAACCGAGAAACUCCUAACGCACACCUCGGAGCCCAAGUCGGAGAAUGGAAUCAAGCUCUCCAGCUCCUUCUCGGUUAACAUGUCCGGGGAGAAAUCUCACGACCUGGACCACAAUGGACACAACAUACAGUUCAAGUCGGGGUCCGCGGGACACCUCUCAGGGGGCCCGCUAUCCCCGUCCAGGGUGAGCCUGACCAGGGCUUCGUCUAGUGGGAAUACCGCACAGGACCAAUCCACACCCAGUGAUUACCUUUUCCUGGCCAUCUUUUCCUGCUUCUGUCCCAUAUGGCCGGUCAACGUAGUGGCGCUGGUUUUCUCAAUCAUGUCCAGGAACAGCCUGCAGCAGAACGACGUUGACGGGGCACGGAGGCUGGGCCGCCUGGCAAGACUGCUGAGCAUCGUCUCCAUAGUGCUGGGCACCAUGAUCAUCACUGCCUACUUAGUCUUCACAGUGUACGGCAGUGUGUGGUGAGGAGCGCUGGACGGACGGGAGGAGGCGCCCGACCUUUUUCAAAUGUUUUCUAAAAAAUACAACGGAAAGUUUGUGAGAAAAAAGAAGAAAUUUCUGCGCGAUAGAAAACCCCGCUCCGGAUAUGAAAAAAAAAAAAGAAACGACAAAAUAAUAUCUGGAUCCUUGAAAACAAACGAAAACAAAAGAAACGCAUGCACCAAUAGUUAAUGACUGCUUGAAGCAAAACCCAGAAAAUAUAUUAACAAAAAAAAGAAUAAAAAUAGAAAA